CUCUUCGCAUGUUGCUGCCAUUUCGGUAAACGAAGAAGAACAGGCAAAAUGACAGUGAUGUGAUAGAAAGCUGUAUGUUCGUAGAAAUGGAUGAAAACAACUUUUGCUUCAACAGGGCGGCGCUGGUUCCUCGCUUCGAUGAUUACGGGCUACUGUGGUGUGAAUCUGUAGGAGUCCGGUGAGGUGUAGACGUGUUGAAAAGAUAAUGUCCUCCAGAAAUCUACGCAAAUUGAAGGGCAAACCGUUUAUUGCUGAAGAGCCUGCCAUUCAAGAUGAAGAGGAGAAUGAUGACCUGACCAGGGACACUUCCACACAGCAGAGAAACAUCUUCAGUCUGCUGAACGAGUCGCAGUCGGAGACCGACGUCAAGGAGGAUGACGACGUGGACACCAGCACGCCGGCGGCGCUGCUGCCGGCCGGCGACGCGCACCGCAAGCGUAGGCGCAAGCGGAAGAAGGCGUCGCGGCGCCCGCAGACGGCCAGCAGCGAGGACAACGCCGUGUCCGAGGUGGAUGAGGUGGACGCCAGCGUGCUGGAGGUGAACCGGCUGCUGGGCGAGCUCACUGCACAGUCGCCGGCCGCCGAGCACGCCAACAGCACCAUCGUGAAGAACGUGCUCACCAUCGAGCGCAAGCACCUGAACCCGGAUGCCGAGAUGCGCCGCAUGUUUGGCCGGGACGUGGUGGACCAGCGGCGGACGGGGCGGCGGCGCGGCCCGGGACACCCGCGCGCCUUCGCCAUGGUCACCAAUGUGCACCGCUUCCCGCCACCCGUCAGACAAGGCCUGUCCAUGGAGCUGGUGGAGACGCGCGGCUCGGAGCAGUGGUUCCAGUUCGUGCACAGCGCCCAGUACCAGGAGGUGGAGCACCAGUUCGUCGCCGCUGUCGAGUCGGUGAACCCCGAUAACAUCCUGGGGCUGAUGAACCGGCACCCGGGCCACGUGAACUCGAUGCUGCAGCUGUCGGAGGUGUGCCGGCUGGGCGAGGACCUGGCGCUGUCGGCUGAGCUGCUGGAGCGCACGCUGUUCACGCUGGAGGCGGCCGCCCACCCGCUCUUUUCGGUCACCUCGGGCGCGGCACGCGUCGACUAUCGGCGCCGCGAGAACAGGCCGCUGUUCCUGGCGCUGUUCCGGCACGCGCGGGCUCUGAGCGAGCGCGGCUGCCACCGCACGGCCCUCGAGUUCUGCAAGCUGCUGCUCUCCAUCCAGCCGGUGGACGACCCGCUGGGGGCCGUGCUCAUCCUGAGCCACUACGCUCUCCGCGCGCACGAGUACCAGUGGCUGGUCAGGCUGCACGAGCAGUGGGAGCCGGUGCGGAAUCUCUCGCAGCUGCCCAGCUUCGCCUACUCGGUGCCGUACGCGCUGCUGCAGCUGAGCGAGGCCGCCUCGGAGCCGGCCGACGCCGCCGCUCGCCGCCAGCAGGCGGACGCCGGCCUGCAGCGUGCCCUGCUCAUGUUCCCGUCCAUGCUGCCGCUGCUGCUGGAGCACUGUGACAUCACGCCGGCCCCCGAGGUGCAGCAGUGCGCCCUCUUCCAGUCGGCCGCCGCCGAGAGGAGCCAGCCGCCGGCGCUGACCAUGCUGUGUCGGUUGUACGCUGAACGGUCGGCCGACCUCUGGAAGGUGUCAGUCGUGUCCGGCUGGCUGCAGAGAAACGCGGCGGCCGCUGUCCGCCUGGUCGAGCAGCAGGACCCGCGGGUGGCGGACGGUCAGGAGACCAGGAGAAAAAGGUACCCGGGUAUGCCGCUCUCCAUCUGCCGACACGUGGUGGUGGCCGAUAUCAAGCAGGCCAUGGGCUUCCUGCCGCCGGAGGUGACCGCUCGGCCGGUGGUGGGCUACGACCCCCUGCCGCCGCCUGACAGCACGGCUGGCUACGCGCUGACCCGGCGGCCGCGCACCCACGGCGUCACCAACCCGCUCGCGUCGUUCUUCUACUCGAUGCUGCCCAACUUCGACCCCAACAACCCGCCCGAGGUGCUGCUGGACGAGGGCGCUGCGGCCGGGCCGGCGGCCGGCGACGACGGCGUCGGCCUCGGCGAGGAGCUGCGCACCUCGGUCGUCUCGCUGCUGGACGCCAUGCGCGACCUGCUCACCAACCUGUCGCCGGUGCCGGCCACCGUCGAUGAGGACGCCGACCUGGACGAGUCGGACGACGACGCCUGGGCCGACGCGUGAGGCCGCGGCCGGCUCUGGACACCGCCCGAGGGCGCCGGGGGCGGUGGCCGGCCGGAGACGGUAGACGGAUUUCUCCGGAGGCUGCCGUCGGAGCGGCUCUGGGGAGGUGUUGACCGCCGCCGCCGCCGGUGGCUCUACUGCUGUUCUGCCGCUGCUGCUGCUGCUGAUGCCACUGAUGAUGGUGACAGUCACGGCGUCGCCGCUGUCGCCACUGCUGGAGAAGGGUGGAGAAGGUGUGCCGUUUGCAAAGGGGGGCAAAUGCAUCGUGAGAGGUUAUUUUUGCAGAUUGUGAUAACCGUGCUUGGGUGCAGCGGUGCCUCCAAGGGAUUUGAGCAGACAGGUCGGCUAUGUCGUCCAGACUGGGGUGGGGCGCACAAGUGGUAUAAUAAAGGAGUGAA